AGAAGUGCUGCUGGAUAGGCUGUCGCCUAACGAUGAUGCUGCGUGUGUCGGGAAUCCUGUUUUUCUAGAACACUGUCGUUGUUAGUAAGGCGGCCGAGCUGGGAAAGACAGCAGAGGGGAAGGCAUACAAAAGAAGAAACAGCGGACGACUGACGAAUGAAGAGGACCAUGCCCGGAGCUCCACGCUGGCUGCUGCUGCUGGGCUCUCUGUCGCUCGGGGUGUGGUCAUUACCAAUUGAGCGCAAUUCCAUUCCCCAGGAUGCCCAGCCCUUUCAGGAGGAGAAACGGGAAGAUGUGGACACUGGCCUGUACUAUGACAGGUACCUUCGAGAAGUGAUCGAGGUCCUGGAGACUGAUCCUCACUUCAGAGAGAAGCUGCAGACUGCCAACACAGAAGACAUCAAGAAUGGCCGUCUCAGCAAGGAGCUGGACCUGGUCGGCCACCACGUGCGGACCCGCCUGGAUGAGCUGAAGAGGCAGGAGGUGUCCAGGCUGCGAAUGCUGCUCAAAGCUAAGAUGGACAGUGCCAGCAUGCACAAUCUUCAGGUAGACCACACCACACUGCUGAAGCAAUUUGAGCACCUGGACCCUCACAACCAGAACACUUUUGAGGCCAAAGAUCUGGAGCUGCUCAUUGCUACGGCCACCAAGGACCUCGAAAACUAUGACGCAGAGCGACAUGAAGAGUUUAAACGCUAUGAGAUGUUAAAGGAACAUGAACGCCGGCAGUAUCUGAAGGGGUUGGACCAGGAAAAGAGGGAGCAGGAGGAGAGGAGGCUGCAGGAGCUGCAGGAGAAACACCGGCAACACCCGAAAAUCAAUGCCCCGGGCAGUGUGGCUCAGCUUCGCGAGGUGUGGAAAGAGACGGAUGGCCUGGACCCACAGGAGUUCAACCCCAAAACCUUCUUUAAGCUCCAUGACACAAAUGGAGAUGGCGUUCUGGACGAGCAGGAGCUGGAGGCUCUCUUCACUAAGGAGCUUGAAAAGGUCUACGACCCACGCAAUGAGGAGGAUGACAUGGUGGAGAUGGAGGAAGAGCGACUGAGGAUGAGGGAACACAUGAUGAAGAACGUAGAUAUCAACCACGAUCGGUUGGUCAGCUUGGAUGAGUUCAUGAAGUCGAUGGAGAAGAAGGAGUAUUACAAUCCAAAGGAGUGGAAGACCCUGGAUGACACUAAGCCGGUGUAUUCGGAGGCGGAGCUUCAGCAGUUUGAGGCAGAGCUGCGGGAAAAGGAGGCGGAGCUUGGACGCAAGGCAGAGUCUUUGCGUCAAGAGCAGGAGUUGCUGAAUGAGCGAGGCCGAGCGCUGGAAGCGCAGAAGAGGGAGUAUCAACUGGCAGUGAUGGAGAUGUCCCAGAGACAGAAGAACCUGCAGGCAGGAUCUCAGGCUCCCCCUGCAGGGCCUGAUGGGGAGCUGCAGUUUCAUCCAGUAGAGCGAGGCCCCGUCCCUCAGGAUGUGGAGGUGGAUGGACAGAAUGUUCCCCCUGCAGAGCCUCCCCAAAACCUGCACACUCCUUAACAGUCACACACACACACACACACACACACACACACACAUGCCAAGCCUGUGGUUUUUCUUUUGCCCAAUUCAGUUAUUGCUGUUCAUUUUCAAUUAAGUUCAAUACAUUUUUAUAUAGCACCUUUCUCAACAGUCACCCCAAGGUGCUUUACAUGGAUGCGUUGUGAUAUAUUCCUGCAUCAUUCCUGCUCGCACCUUCAGGUUCACCUGCCAUCGUGUGAGUCGUGUGUGACGGCUUUUUGGGCGCUGGGUCAGCUGGGCUGACAUCCUGCCCCGGAGUCACAUCUUCAUACCUCAGUGGAGCACGGGGCCCCCCCACCCCCCCCAGAUCGAUGCUCUUCCAGAAUCACGCUCCCAGCACUUGGACCCGCGAUGACACACCCACACAUCGCGCCGGCUUCACGUUUGUUGUGUGGUCUUGCAUUUUAAUAAAGGGGCUGUUUUAACAAUA